AUGUCUGGGUUCGGCCAAAAUGAUGGAUUCUACCAGGGAAAUUUCUAUGAGCAGCAGUCAUCUGGCUAUGACAUGGGUCCAGGGGGCCAACAGUUUGGAGGGGAGCAACAGUUUGCCCAGUUUGACUAUUCUCAAACAGCCCAGGGGUAUGGGGACAGUGGAGCAUAUUACGCUGGUCAGCAGUCUUACAUGGGCUCUAUCCUCACCCCUGAUGCCUCCCAGUUCGCUCAGGGCCCGGGCACAGAGAACUUUGACGAGGAACCACCUCUGAUGGAAGAACUAGGAAUAAAUUUUGAUCACAUCAUCCAAAAGACAAUGACAGUGUUAAACCCCCUCAAAAGUGCGGACCAUACCAUAAUGCAAGACACAGAUCUGGCCGGCCCUUUGGUUUUCUGUCUGGCAUUCGGAGGUUCACUUCUCUUAUCUGGUAAACUACAUUUCGGUUACAUCUAUGGGAUAGGCGUGGUCGGUUGUCUGGCUAUGUACUGUCUACUGAACCUGAUGAGCGUGACAGGCGUGUCAGCCAGCUGUAUCGUCAGCGUACUCGGAUACUGUCUCCUGCCCAUGAUAGCUCUAUCCUUCUCCUCCAUCCUCAUAUCAUUACAAGGAAUAGUUGGAACUGUUCUCACCUCGCUGGCCGUGGUUUGGUGCAGUUUGUCUGCGUCUAAGUUAUUUGUCUCCGCCCUAGCUAUGGACCAUCAGCAGCCCUUAGUGGCCUACCCCUGUGCUCUCGUCUACGGUGUCUUUGCCCUGCUCACUGUCUUCUGAAAGAAUCUCACAACAGCUGUGAUCAGACAGACUGAUUUGAACUUUGUGAAACGAUAAUGCAUGAAACCAGGGAAGGGAUCCAAUGGUGGGUGUUGUUGUUGGUCUACCAGUACUCCAACUGAACAUGACUAGCUUUAGCGCUUGUGCUGGCUAUACAGACAGUCAACAUCAUAGCUGUCAAACUUACACAUUUCAGCAUGUUAGAAUUGUUCGCAAAUCCACGAAAACGCUAGUGAAAUAUAAUUUGAUAUUUGUGUGAUAAUGUACUGGUAAUGCAGAGUGUGCUCCCUUAUUUUUAUUCAAAUGUGGUGGACAGUGAUUGGUCCAGAUGCAGAAGUUGUUAUGUGCACCACAACUUAAUUACAUGGGAAGUUACACAUACAGAUGCUCAUGUGAAUCAACCUUGUCUGGAAAAGCUCCCUCUGCAGUUUGGAUCCAUUAAAACCUGUAAGGUAUGCUGUAAGCUUCAUGCAACAGAAACCAAACUCAGAUUGUCACGUAAUAACAUAACUGGAUUUCUCUUGUGACCUUUCAAGUUAUUGCUCUCUUAAUGAUGAGCAGCCUUCCAUAAAUAACUUCAUUUCUGUUCAUGAUUACAAUUAAAUAGAAUCUUGUUAAGUAAUUAUUAAGAGUUAUUUUGCCAUUCUCCCCAUCCUUUGUUUUCUUUUGCCUUGGGUAACAUCCAUACACCCCAAAAUGGUUAGCAAAUUUCAAUAGAAAAAUGGCUGCAUAAUAAGUUUCCAAUGUGGUAGCAAGAGUUAAAGUAUAUAUGGAGCAGCCGAAACACGGGGUUGCGACUUUGUGGAUAUCUUAGUAUUAAUGCAAAAGUAGGAUUUUGGACAUAAUUGGUAAUCUUGUUACAAAUUAGGAUGGUAUACAGGAUGGAAGGAAAGCAGUUCAAGUAAAUAAGUGAUCGUUUUUGGCAGGGAAAGAAAAACUUUAUGUGCUGUUGAUGUACUCUAGUUUGUGUUUAAAUUGUUUACUUAUUGAAAACUCAAAUAAACAAACUCCAUAUUACACAAUGAAACCUAUUGCUAAAAGAAAUUCUUCAUAUUAAAACAAAAGUAGUUUAUUCUCUUUUUGGGUUUUUCUUUAUUUGAUCUAAAACAUUUUUAAGCAAAACUGUUCAGGUGCUUCAUCGGAUUUUUUGCCCAUUAUUGACCAAUGUAUUAGUUUUCUGGAGUACAAUGUAUUUGAAAUGUUUAUUUUCACACAUUUAUUGGUCAGUCUGCCAUGUGUUCAUGAUGAUAUGUGUUCGUGAAAUAUAUUAUUACACUGUCACAUAAAAACUUGCGGCUUUAUUUUGUAUUGUUGUAAAAUGCAAUAUUGUGUCCAGUCAUGCUGAAAUGUUGAGUAAAGCACUCUGGGAAGUGACUCAAAAAUAAAUCUAAAAUAUGUAAUUGUGA